CCUGGUGCUGUCGUACACUGAUCUUCUCCCACAGACAGAGCUGUGAGCUGUCAGCUGCUUCAUCUCCACACAACAUGUCCAAACCCUUGUCUGACCAUGAGAGGAAGAAACAGAUCUCAGUGCGAGGCCUCGCCGGCGUGGAGAACGUUACAGAGCUGAAGCAAAACUUCAACAGACAUCUCCACUUCACGUUGGUCAAGGACAGAAAUGUAGCCACAGUCAGGGAUUACUACUUUGCUCUGGCCCACACUGUGAGGGAGCACCUGAUCGGCAGGUGGAUCAGGACCCAGCAGCACUACUAUGAGAAAGAUCCCAAACGCGUGUACUACAUCUCCCUCGAGUUCUACAUGGGCCGCACCCUCCAGAACACCAUGGUGAACCUGGCACUGGAGAACGCCUGUGACGAGGCCACGUACCAGUUGGGUCUGGACAUGGAGGAGCUGGAGGACAUGGAGGAAGAUGCCGGCUUGGGUAAUGGUGGCCUCGGUCGUCUUGCUGCCUGUUUCCUGGACUCCAUGGCUUCACUGGGCCUCGCUGCCUACGGCUACGGCAUUCGCUAUGAAUUCGGUAUCUUCAAUCAGAAAAUUGUCAACGGCUGGCAGGUGGAGGAGGCUGAUGAUUGGCUGCGUUACGGUAACCCGUGGGAGAAAGCUCGUCCUGAGUACAUGCGCCCGGUGCACUUCUAUGGCAGGACUGAGCAUCACGCGGAUGGCGUGAAAUGGGUUGACACACAGGUAGUGCUGGCUCUGCCGUACGACACGCCCAUCCCCGGCUACAGAAACAACGUGGUCAACACCAUGAGGCUGUGGUCAGCGAAGGCACCGUGUGAAUUUAACCUCAAAGACUUCAACGUCGGCGGCUACAUUCAGGCGGUUCUGGACAGAAACUUGGCCGAGAACAUCUCCCGUGUGCUCUAUCCCAAUGACAAUUUCUUUGAAGGGAAGGAGCUCCGUCUGAAGCAGGAAUACUUUGUGGUGUCUGCCACCCUGCAAGACAUCAUCCGCCGUUUCAAGGUCUCCAAGUUUGGCUCCAGGGAAGUUGUUCGCACAGACUUCAACAAACUGCCUGACAAGGUCGCCAUUCAGCUGAACGACACUCACCCAGCCAUGGCUAUUCCUGAGCUGAUGAGGGUUCUGGUGGAUGAAGAGAAGCUGACGUGGGACAACGCCUGGGACGUGUGUGUGCGCACAUGUGCCUACACCAACCACACCGUCCUUCCUGAGGCUCUGGAGAGAUGGCCCGUCGACCUGUUUGCACAUCUACUUCCACGCCACCUGGAAAUUGUCUAUGAGAUCAACCGGCGCCACCUGGAGAGAGUUGCUGCUAAAUAUCCAGGUGACAGUGGUCGUCUUUGCCGUAUGUCUCUGAUUGAGGAGGGAGGACAGAAGAGGAUCAACAUGGCUCAUCUGUGCAUCGUGGGUUCUCAUGCUGUUAACGGCGUGGCCCAGAUUCACUCUGACAUCCUCAAAGCUACGAUUUUCAAGGACUUUUAUGAAAUGGAACCUCAUAAGUUCCAAAACAAGACCAACGGCAUCACCCCGCGCCGCUGGCUGGUUAUGUGCAACCCCGGGCUGGCAGAGGUCAUCGCUGAGAGAAUUGGCGAGGAGUUCAUCCGUGACCUCGAUCAGCUGCAGCAUCUCCGCAAGUACGUCAACGAUGAGGCUUUCAUCCGUGAUGUCGCCAAAGUGAAACAGGAAAACAAGUUGAAGUUUGCUGUGCACUUAGAGGAACAUUACAAAGUGAAGAUCAACCCCAACUCCAUGUUUGACGUUCAAGUGAAGAGAAUUCACGAAUACAAGCGGCAGCUGCUGAACUGUCUGCACAUCAUCACCUAUUACAACCGCAUCAAGAAGGAACCCAACAAGCAGUGGACUCCAAGAACUGUGAUGAUUGGAGGAAAGGCUGCCCCUGGAUACCACACUGCAAAGAUGAUUAUCCGUCUGAUCACGGCUAUUGGUGAGGUGAUCAACUACGACCCCGUGGUCGGGGAUCGCCUGAAAGUCAUCUUUUUGGAGAACUACAGGGUCACACUGGCAGAGAGAGCGAUCCCUGCGUCUGACCUGUCAGAGCAGAUCUCCACCGCCGGCACUGAGGCCUCUGGCACUGGCAACAUGAAGUUCAUGCUGAACGGAGCUCUAACCAUCGGUACCAUGGACGGAGCCAACGUGGAGAUGGCCGAGGAGGCCGGCGAAGGCAACCUGUUCAUCUUUGGCAUGAGAGUGGAUGACGUGGAUGCUCUCGACCAAAGAGGUUACCACGCAGAGGACUACUACAACCGCCUGCCGGAGCUCAAACAGGCUAUUGACCAGAUUGCUGGAGGCUAUUUCAGCCCAAAGCAGCCUGACCUGUUUAAAGAGAUCGUCAACAUGCUGAUGCAUCACGACAGAUUUAAGGUUUUCGCUGACUAUGAAGAUUACAUCAAGUGUCAGGAGAAAGUCAAUGAACUUUACAGGAACCCCAAGGAAUGGACCAAGAAGGUGAUCCACAACAUUGCCGGAUGUGGCAAGUUCUCCAGCGACCGCACCAUUGCUCAGUACGCUCGUGAGAUCUGGGGCAUGGAGCCCACGCUUGAGAAACUCCCUGCCCCUGAUGACAAGCAUUAAACUGUCAGCACGACAACAUGACAGGAAGUGCACGAAACGCCGUCAGUUAUCAUCGUUUGACUGACGCACACAGUUCAUAUGUUUCAUGUCAGCAUAUGAACAACAUCCAUCGUCACUGUGGUUGUUUUCAGGGAUGCAGAUGGUGCUACGUAAAGCUGUGGAUAAAGGAACCUUGUGAUAAUGUUUUUAUUAAAAAAUAAACUAACUAAAAAAAA